GACCCGGACCUGCACCCGCGUCGCAGCCCGGCCAGCCUGCUCCGCGCUCGCCUGCCCGUCUGCCCGUCUGCCCGCCGGCCCCGCGCACCCUUGCUGCCGCCGGUCUGCGCCCAGCCACCCCACGGGCACCAUGCACCUCUCCCAGCUGCUGGCCUGCGCCCUGCUGCUCGCGCUACUCUCGCUCCGGCCCUCCGAAGCCAAGCCCGGGGCGCCGCCGAAGGUCCCGCGCACUCCGCCAGGGGAGGAGGUGGCCGAGCCCCAGGCUGCGGGAGGAGGUCAGAAGAAGGGCGACAAGACUCCCGGGGGCGGCGGCGCCAAUCUCAAGGGCGACCGGUCGCGACUGCUCCGGGACCUGCGCGUGGACACCAAGUCUCGGGCGGCGUGGGCCCGUCUUCUGCAAGAGCACCCCAACGCGCGGAAAUACAAGGGAGGCAACAAGAAGGGUUUGUCCAAGGGCUGCUUCGGCCUCAAGCUGGACAGGAUCGGCUCCAUGAGCGGCCUGGGAUGUUAGUGCGGCGACCCCUGGCGGCGGAUUGGGAACUUGCUCCGUUUUGCUGAGGUCAUCCUUGGUCAUCAGCCUCCCAGCAUCUGGAAGCACCUCCAGCGCAAUGUGGCUAUUACAUUCUUUUUUUUUUUUUCCUGGUACUGGGAAUACACAACACCAGCUGUUUUAUUAUUAUUUAGGGAGGGGGGUAUGACUUUAUUGUUUAUUUUUUAAUGAAAAAUAAAAAGUUAUAUAUUAUAUAUAUUAUAUACACAAAACACACACACCUACACCGACGUGAUGACAAGGGACAGUUUUUAAGAGACUGACAAAACCAGCUGUAAAACAUUGCUGUUUGUAAAUUCAUGUCAUGCAUAAAUGUAUUUAUGUUGUAAAGCUAUUUAUAUUGUUUAUAAAGAGAUAUUUAUAAAAAUUUUAUUUA